CAGACACACAGCCCCACCUCGUCCGCCCGCUCGUGAACAUUCAAUCGUACGCCACCUUCGGCCCUCCGGCCCCGCUUCCUUCCCCUCCGGCCAGCUUCCGACGACCGUCCCGGCGACAAGCUUGACCGCUGCUGCAACAGCGACCGACGUCCGUACGCAGCCCUCUGUUGCCGGCGCCAUGGCCUCCGGUGCCGCGGACGCCGACCUCUACGCCGUCCUGGGGCUCAACAAGGAGUGCUCCGACGCCGACCUCAGGCUCGCCUACCGGAGGCUCGCCAUGACAUGGCAUCCGGACCGGUGCUCGGCGUCCGGCAGCUCGGCGCGCGUGGAGGAGGCCAAGGAGCGGUUCCAGGAGAUCCAGAGCGCCUACUCCGUGCUCUCCGACUCCGGCAAGCGCCUCCUCUACGACGUCGGCGUCUACGACAGCGACGGCGACGGCCGCAGCGAGCAAGACGUGUCGGGGAUGGGCGACUUCUUCGGGGAGAUGGCCGAGAUGAUGAGCCAGGCCACGCCAACCGAGAGCUUCGAGGAGCUGCAGCAGCUGUUCGUGGACAUGUUCCAGGCCGACCUCGUCGCCGGUGGGUUCGCGUGCGGUGCGCCACCUAUGGGCCGCCGGGUCCAGGCCCCGGCCCCGGCCCCGAGUCCAUCCUGUACCUCUGGACCUACGUUUGCGCAAGCACGGCCGUCGAGUAACAAUGGCGUCAACAAGCGGUGUUCCCCGGCGAUGGGCUCCGGGAUGCCGGCCUCAUGGACGACGCAGGAGGACGCGAGCAUCGGCGGCAGGAAUAAGAAACAGAGGCUGUCGACGGGCCACGGCGUGUCGUCCUAGGAGGAAGCGAGGGAUGCGCGGCGCGCGUGGCAGCGUAGAUGCGCGCUCGCUCUGUGGAUCUGACCGACCGACGGUCAGCAAGUUUUGGAGGAUGUGAUGCCCAAGCUUUUCAAUUAGUUUAUUCUUUUGCUUACUUUCUAGAAAAGCUUUUGAUCUAUUUUCAUCGUUUGUUAUGUCGGUUAAAGAAACAUUAGAUAUAGUAAAAAUUACAUCCAUUGUAGCAGUGUGCUGGCGCCA